AUGUCGAACUGGGGCAUGCGGCUGAACCCGUUCAGCAAGAGCUACUCGCAGCUCGAGAUGGACCAAAUGCGCUUUGUGCAUCAAGCUUAUUGUGAAGCCAUGGAAGUGAGCGAAGAGGACCUCCCCGUUGCCCUCAAGAUGGACGACAACUUUUAUCCCCUGCACAAUCCGACCAUCUCGGAUUUUGAUGAAAAUUCGUACUUACGGAAAAUGCAAGACGUGGUCGGGCUGUUGCGAAAUCCCGCUGAAGCCAUGAUCUCGAGCAUCUGUGCGUACCAAAAAGAGCGGUACGAUCGAUCGUUUUCGUUCUCAGGGUACCUGAAUGACCCACGGACGCUCUUGCUCGAGGAGUUCAAGGACUGGGCCAUGCGGACACUGGCCCCCGCGAGUUGCACGACGGAAUCCAUUUUGAUUGAAGUGCGACGGCGACACAGCUACGUGCUGAGGCUGCAGCAUGGCCAGCAAGGCCUUUUUCACUCUGGCUCAGGGGAACGCUCGCUCUUGGGGACGCUGAAAGACGUGCGGAACGUGAUUGAGACGCGCGUGUUGCCGACGAUUGAGACGGAACGAGCGCACUCGUCGGCGAGAGAGCAGCUGCAUACUCUGGAAGCUCGUGGGACCGAUGGACUCAUGCAUGGCGUGCAGUUUCUCUUUUACGUGCUGCGGAAUACGCCGAAUACACCGGCCGACUGCACGAUUAGCAACUUGCAGUCGCAACAACAUGCAGGUAUGAAGGACGCUAUGGGGAGCAAGUCGGGACAAAUGCUGGAAGUGCUGCUGACGACGCCGUCGUUUAAAGAGCUGUUUUCACAGAACCAGGCUGCAGUUUCUCCUCAGGAUUCGCUGCCGUCGUUAUUGUUGACAAAUGAGGAGGAAGAGGAGAUGAUUCACACUGCGGUCUUUUGUGAUACGGAAGCAAAGCCGCAGGUGCCUUCUGUGCUGACGCGGCAACUGCGUCGUAGCUCAAACUCGAACGAAGUGGCGAUUACCCCGUCCGAUUAUCUCCAGCAGAGCAACUCAGGCGUUGUGUCACUUCGGAAGGAGGUUCGAGAGGAAACGUUUGACGCGUUUACAAAACUGCAUGGCUUGCUGAAGCUGCUUGCCGAUUUGCUCGUGUCUUGUCGUAAAGCCCGACAGCUCGCUGGUCCUGGUGGUGACUUACUUGUCUAUGGACCUGGUGGAGAAGAAAUUCGGCGUUUGAUGCAGUCACUGGAAGCGGUGCAAACAGAAAUCAGUAGAGAAGUGAGUCAGCUCACGCGCAUCGGCGUACGUGAACUGGAUCGUCUCAAGCCCAACCAGGAGAAAGCUUGGCGUUGGAGUUUUAGCAAGGUGCUCCCGCUUGAAGGCUACUUAGCCCGUGAUUUCGGCGCAUGCGUGGAACCUAUCCAGCGUAUGUAUGCAAGUGCUGACCCGCUACACGUGCAAAAGAUGUACAAGAAGUUUAAACAGGCUACCGGUGUGUGGGUGGAAGAGAACAACUCCAUUUGUAGGUACGUCACAGCAGCAUUAGGUGGAGGCUUCAUCGAAGACGGGGGACAGCAGCACAACCAAAUUGAAGACAGCAUGGCGGAUGCCAACGGUCAUGCGACGAUUGAGUUGCUGGAAGAUGAAGCGCCGUCAGAAACGUGCAAUGCACUCGUUGUAGCAGGGCAAACACCGGGUCGUCGUAGCCGUACUAGCAGUCGAAAGGUCUCCUCGUCGGAAAUGGAUGACCGAGUCACUCUGUUGGAUGACAGCAGUUCCGAGUGCGAUGCUCAUGCGGAAAACCGACUUGUCGUGGCAAAUGAAGCAACGGUUCGUGCUCCCAAGAAACAGUCGAGCACGGAUAGCGGCUCGUUCUUCUCGUCACUUGUGUCAUGGGGUGGUGGUGCAAAGGCACCACCGAAACUAAAGAAGGGCGAGAGCAGCCCCGUCAACUCGGAAACGGACGAAGACGAAGACAUUGAAAAGGGCCCAUCUUCGUGCUCGGCAGCAAGGGAAGCUGCUGACAUUGCUGCAGCUCAGGGUGGUGUGCUGGAUACGCUUCUUCUCGUGCGUCAGUCGAUCCAACGUAUCGGCCAGUUGUCCUGGGGCGUCCGGACAUCGCACCAUACUUCGUCUAUUGAUGAGGGCAAUUUCGAUGCGUUCAUCGUGCUGUGCUCUAUCUACGAAGCAGUUGGUGUCUGUUGCUCGAGCGAUUUGCUGCUGCGUGUACGGUUGCACCGCACGCGUUUGUCACAGCUCCUGAAGAAGCACAUUCGAUCGAUUCUUAGCUGCGUUGUGGUUCUGCAGCGUCGGAUCGUGGACGAAGAGAAGAGUAUCUCAGGCAUGACACUCGUAUAUCGACGUCUGAGAGCGAAUCUUGUUGAUUUUGAGAAGGAAAUGGACGACCUGCUGCUUCGAUUAAAGCAGAUGAUGGUGGAGUCUUCCAAAAUGAAGGCGGGCAUCCUCGCGCUGCCACUGGCGCAGCAGCGUGAAUCGAACGAUGUAAUCGGUGUGGGUGCCUACGCAUACAACUCAAUCAACGCGCUUGCGUCUAGAUUCGGGUCCGCGCCCGUGCCGUCCGAAGCCAUCCUUUCGCACGGCGAGUACAUGACGCAGUUGAGGUCGCAGCUAGAUCUGCAUUGGAACAGUAUCUCGCACCUUUUCCAGAGCCUUCAGGGCACCGUGGAAGCUGUAGCGACUGUCGAUGAUCGACUCGGGGGCUACGCCAAGUUUCCAGACAUCACCGUGCCACCACAGCAGCUGGAUUAUAUUUUCGAAUUCAACUACGACGGUUUCUUUCGCCAGACAACGAAGGAUCUGGAAGUCUUGCUCACUUCCUUCGACACGUCGACGUAA